AGCCGGCCCCCGACCCCCGCUCGCCCCCUCCAGGGCUGCGGGGCGAGUUUCUCCUCGCUGGCCUGGUGCGGCCUGACGGAGGGGGAGUGGCUCGCUCCGGGCCGGCCGGCGCCGGGGGUGAGGCUGCCGGGAAGGGGCUGGAGGCGCCCGAGGGGCCGAGCAUCCCUCUCCUCGGCCCGCCGGCCCCCGCUCCCCGCCUUCCCUCCUCCGCCCGCCUGGCCGCCCCGCCCCGCCGUGACCCCCGGCCGCCUCAGGAGCCCGACGCGCAGGGCAUAUACUUCUCUUGUCUGGGUUGGAUGCACAAAUCUGUGUGCAGUGCUUUUUGCCCGUUGCCUAGACGAUCACUUGGUUUCUCUGAGGAUGUCUGGUUCUCGUAAAGAGUUUGAUGUGAAGCAGAUUUUGAAAAUCAGAUGGAGGUGGUUUAGCCAUCAAGCAUCAUCUCCUAAUUCUACAGUUGACAGCCAGCAGGGAGAAUUUUGGAAUCGAGGACAGACCGGAGCAAACGGUGGGAGAAAGUUUUUAGAUCCAUGUAGUCUACAAUUGCCUUUGGCUUCAAUUGGUUACCGAAGGUCCAGCCAACUGGAUUUUCAGAAUUCACCUUCUUGGCCAAUGGCAUCCACCUCUGAAGUCCCUGCAUUUGAGUUUACAGCAGAAGAUUGUGGCGGUGCACAUUGGCUGGAUAGACCAGAAGUGGAUGAUGGCACUAGUGAAGAAGAAAAUGAAUCUGAUUCCAGUUCAUGCAGAGUAUGGAAUUCUGAACUGUGGUGCUGGAAUAAUAACAAAUAUAGACCAGUCAUCUAUAAUCAUUUGUGUAAUGGAGAGAGGGGAAUAUCUUUAUAUAGGACUUCCAAUAGCAGUCAGACAUUGUCAUCCUGCCAUACUAUGGAGCCAUGCUCAUCCGAUGAAUUCUUCCAAGCCCUUAAUCAUGCUGAACAGACGUUCAAAAAGAUGGAAAACUAUUUGAGACACAAACAAUUGUGUGACGUAAUUCUAGUUGCUGGUGAUCGCAGAAUUCCAGCUCAUAGAUUGGUGCUCUCCUCUGUCUCAGAUUAUUUUGCUGCCAUGUUUACUAAUGAUGUCAGGGAAGCAAGGCAAGAAGAAAUAAAAAUGGAAGGUGUAGAACCGAAUUCACUAUGGUCCUUGAUUCAAUAUGCAUAUACAGGCCGCCUUGAAUUAAAAGAAGAUAAUAUUGAGUGCCUGUUAUCUACAGCUUGCCUUCUUCAGCUUUCACAGGUUGUGGAAGCAUGCUGUAAGUUUUUAAUGAAACAGCUUCACCCAUCCAACUGUCUUGGAAUCCGUUCUUUUGCUGAUGCUCAAGGUUGUACAGAUUUGCAUAAAGUGGCUCACAAUUAUACUAUGGAACAUUUCAUGGAAGUAAUUCGAAACCAGGAAUUUGUAUUAUUACCAGCCAGUGAAAUUGCAAAGCUCUUAGCCAGUGAUGACAUGAACAUUCCUAAUGAGGAGACAAUAUUGAAUGCACUUCUUACUUGGGUCCGUCACGAUUUGGAACAGAGACGGAAAGAUCUCAGUAAACUUUUGGCUUACAUUAGGCUACCUCUUCUUGCACCACAGUUCCUAGCAGACAUGGAAAAUAAUGUACUUUUUCGAGAUGAUAUAGAAUGUCAAAAACUAAUCAUGGAAGCAAUGAAGUAUCACUUACUACCAGAGAGACGGCCCAUGUUACAAAGUCCUCGGACAAAACCUAGGAAGUCAACUGUUGGUACAUUAUUUGCAGUUGGAGGAAUGGAUUCAACAAAAGGAGCAACAAGCAUUGAAAAGUAUGAUCUCCGUACAAAUAUGUGGACUCCCGUAGCAAAUAUGAAUGGGAGGAGGCUGCAGUUCGGCGUUGCAGUGUUAGAUGAUAAACUGUAUGUGGUUGGAGGAAGAGACGGACUGAAGACUUUGAACACUGUAGAAUGCUACAACCCCAAAACAAAAACUUGGAGUGUGAUGCCUCCUAUGUCUACACAUAGGCAUGGCCUUGGUGUGGCUGUAUUGGAAGGUCCUAUGUAUGCAGUAGGAGGGCAUGAUGGUUGGAGCUAUCUAAAUACAGUGGAAAGAUGGGACCCUCAGGCUCGCCAGUGGAAUUUUGUUGCCACUAUGUCCACUCCCAGAAGCACAGUAGGUGUGGCAGUACUAAGUGGAAAACUUUAUGCAGUUGGUGGUCGUGAUGGAAGUUCUUGUCUCAAGUCAGUAGAAUGUUUUGAUCCUCAUACUAAUAAAUGGACACUCUGUGCACAAAUGUCAAAAAGGAGAGGGGGAGUAGGAGUCACUACCUGGAAUGGACUGCUGUACGCCAUCGGAGGACAUGAUGCACCUGCGUCCAACUUGACUUCCAGACUCUCAGACUGUGUGGAGAGAUAUGAUCCCAAAACGGAUAUGUGGACUUCAGUGGCAUCUAUGAGCAUCAGCAGAGAUGCUGUGGGGGUCUGUUUACUUGGUGAUAAAUUAUAUGCUGUUGGAGGGUAUGAUGGACAGACUUACCUUAAUACAGUGGAGGCUUAUGAUCCCCAGACAAAUGAGUGGACCCAGUAUUCCUACACAUGGACAAGAGGACAUUUGUUUGUACAGGGAAUGAAAUGUGAUUACAAAGUCUUAAGCCACCACCCACCCCACUACCAGCCUUGACCCAAAGCAAGAGGUUGCUCCACUGUGCCUAGGAAGAGCUGGAGCUUGUGUUGUGACUGUAAAAUUAUAACUUAGCACUUUGUUUUCUAAAUGAAGAUAUGCUCUUCCUUUGUGAAUUUAAUGUAAUUAUUCUACUAUCAAUGGAUAUGUUUUUAGUAAAUUUGCAAUGCUACAUUCCUGGGCACAAAGUGCCUGAUCUCUAAGUGAAGAUGUUAAAACGAGGGAGGAAGGAGUGGAAGAAUCAGGAUUAAAUACUUUUAUUUCCUAGAAAAUCAAAACUGCAGCUGGAGGAUUGUGAACAUAUGUUCCUGAUAUAAAAUAUGAGGACAAGUGCACUGCUCCUAACACAACCCAGUGUUAAUUGGGAAUUUCAUUUCUUUUAAUAAUCAAGCACAUUUUACUCAUAUUAUCCAGAUUUCUUUUAUUACAGAGCAAAUACACCAGAUAAAAUUUCUCAUGUUUUGCUUUGUAACUUUACAAUACAUGAGUUGUAGUAAUUUUUAUUCAUUUGUUUGCUUAACCACAACCACUAUUUUAAUGACAUACUAAAGACUGUGCAUGCAGUUUUUUUCAGAAAUAGCUGCAUUAUAUGUGCUUUGGUUGUGGAUUUUAUUUCUAAAAUUGGCUUAGUCCAGUGAAUAAAGAAAAACAUUAAAUAAUUAGAACAACAAUGACCAAAUAAAAACUUCAUGUGAUCUUUGGGAUCUAUUUAAAUAUGCAUUCCAUCUAGACUCACCAAGAACUCCAUGUUAUGGUAUUCUUAAGUUGGAAUUGAAAUAUGGUGUUUUGCAUUAAAGAUAUGCAAAUUUUGUGGAGAAAAUAAAUAUUUUAUACCCUCUAAUGUUCUUUCACCUAAUUAGUAUUUAAUUAUGUGAAUUUGCUUUCUUUUAUAUUAUGAAAGAUGUUUUGAUUUUGUCUUUUCAUAUUGACAGAACUGUUUGGAUAUUCUUAUGUUCUCAAGACUGUAUUUGCCUCCCCUGCCUUGUUUCUUAUCUUUUGCCAGAGUUAGUAAUCCUUUGUGCUUCUUUGUAAUCAAACAGUUUGGGGGAAUGGGCUUAUUGAAUGUUUGAAAAAUAAGUUUAAAGUGUUUAUUACCCAAAGUUUUGUACAUUUGAAAACUCUUAAUUACACAUGUGAAUGUUAAUAUUCUCAGUGAAUUAUUUAUUGUUUGCAAAAAUGCACUGGGCAGUAAUAUUUUAUGAUAAAUCCUUUGAGGUAUAAAUCAUUAACUUAUAUCUUAAUAUAAAGUAAGUAUAAACGAAAUUCUCACCUUUUAAAAGUCCCCAUUGUGGUUAAUGUGUUUUUACAUUUUACCCAGCGUAGCCUUUAUUUUAGCUGCUUCCUUUAGAAAUUAAAGCAGACUUUUUUUAAGCUGAUUUUGAAUGCUCAUGAAAUGUUUCUACCUUUGAAACCAAGAAACUUAGUACUUCUAUUCCCGAAACAAAUUCCAUGGGCAUUUUACUGGUGUGGCCGCUAAGAAAAUAGCAGUGAUAGUGACCAAAUACAUUAGUGUUUCAUAUAUUCAUUAUCAUGUGCAUAUGAAUUCAGUUAUUUUCCUGACAAGGAGGCAUCAGCUAUAGAGUAUAUUUAUGUUUUUAGGGUAAGGGAGAGAAGAAAAGGAAAAGGUGCAAAAAACAAUCUUGAAAAAGAAGAACAAAGUUGAAGGACUCACAUUUCCUUAUUUCAAAAUCUGUUACAAAGCUACAGGAAUCAGAACAAUGUGGUACUGGUGUAAGAAUAAACAUAUAGACCAAAAGCAUAAAAUAGUCCAGAAAUAAACUACGGUCAGUAUAUUAUGGUCAGUUGAUUUUCAACAAGGGUGCCAAGGCCAUUCAAUGGAGACAAUAGUUUCUUCAACAAAAGGUGCUGGAUAUUCAUAUGCAAAAGAAUGAAGUUGGAUCCUUACUUUACAACAUAUAUAAAUAUUAAAUCAAAAACCUAACUAUAAGAGCUAAAACCAUAAAACUCUGAGAAAGAAAACAUGACCUCAUGACCUUUGAUUUGGCAAUGACUUCUUAAAUACAACAUCAAAAGUACAAGCAACAAAAGAAAAAAAAGAUAAAUUGGACCUUAUCAAAAUUAAAAGCCUCUUUGUAUCAAAGGACACUAUCAAGAAAGUGAAAAAGCAAUCAAACGGGAGAAAAUAUUUGCAAAUCAUAUAUCUGAUAAAGUCUAGUAUCCAGAAUAUAUAAGGAACGCCUACACUCAACAACAAAAGACAAUCUAAUUUUUAAGUGGGCAAAUGACUUGAGUAGACAUUUCUCUAAUGAAGAUAUACAGAUGGGCAUCAAGCACAUGAAUAGAUUCUCAACCUCAUUAGUUAUUAGGGAAAUGCAAAUCCAAACAUCAAAUGAGAUAUCACUUCACAUCCACUAGUAUGACUAUAAUUUUAGAAACAGAAAAUAAGUGUUGGAGAGGAUGUGGAGAAAUUACAUAGCAAAGAAAAUGGUAAACAAAGAUGGAGCUUCCAACAUCAAGAAAGUGACUGAAAGAAGACAGAGAGAGGAUGAAAGUCUGAAGAAUGAGGCCUUGCACUCAAUAUGUCGAGGCUCCCUGCU